AUGGCCGUCCUCUCUGUGCCUUACUCCACCGAGACCUUCCACAAGGCUCUUUCCAUCAACUCCGCCGGCACCUCCCUCGAGGAGCGCAAUGCUGUUGCUUUCGUUUCUGGUACACUCGCCCCCAUAAUCCGCGAGCACGGCAUGGAGUCCCAUUUCGGCGUGGGCCUAAUCCACCGCCACUUUAACCUCGAACCUGAAGAGAUUCUCGUUGACUUGAUCUAUCCCAUCGCAUGGAUGUUGAAGGAGAGCACCAAUGACGAUGAUGGCAACGAGACCAGGAAGUGGAUGCCAUACGAAUUCGCCUUCUCCCCUGUGGCCGGCAAAGACAGCUUCGUUGUCAACCUCGACGACUCCCCAGCCAAGCAAGCUUUCCUCGAAGCGUUCACCACGGCUCUGACUGAGGGUGGCUUCCAAGACCUCCUCGGGCUGCGUGCCUGGCCUGGCGAGGGUUUUGGAGCACGGUGGAGUUCACCGAGGGCCGCACCAACAUCAAUCUCAAGCAGGGUCAGUAUGAGAUUGUAG